AUGAAUACUCUGCUUAUCCACCAUUGGACCGCCCUCAACAAUGCCCUGUCCUCCAACGAUAUUGGGCGCGAUCUGGAUGGCAAGACCUUGGACUUAGCCACCGUCGUUGCCGGUGCACGAUAUGGAAAACGCGUGUCGCUUUCACAAAGCACCCGCAAGCAAGUUCAGCGGUCGGAAGCGGUGUUGAGGAAACAUUUGGCGGACGGGGAGCUAAUCUACGGCGUCAAUACGGGUUUCGGCGGUAGUGCCGAUACAACCACAGAUGCCGUGAACAAGCUGCAAGAGAAUUUACUACAGAUGCUCCAGGCUGGUGUCAAACUGGAUGGGUCGAGCCCGGUUGUUGUAAACAAGCCGAAUGAGGACAUCCUCCCCCUGGACGAUCCAAUCUCCGCGACCAUCAUGCCAGAGUCUUGGACCCGAGCAACCAUGAUUAUCCGGUUGAACUGCCUUGCCUCUGGAUCAUCCGGCAUCCGGCAGUCGGUCUUGGACGUGCUGCUCCGGAUGAUAGAGCAACAUAUCACACCCCGCGUUCCAUUGAGAGGCAGUAUAUCGGCCUCUGGUGAUCUCAGUCCACUAUCAUACAUCGGUGGAGCGAUGCAAGGGCACCCCUCUAUUCACGUCUGGAAGCGCGGCCGCAACUCCGAUUGCCAAGUGAAAGGGGCUGAUGUCGCCCUCAAAGAGAGUUCAAUACCGUUUGUCUGUCUAGAUGCGAAAGAAGGCCUGGCCAUCGUGAACGGAACGGCGACCUCUGCAGCCGUGGGUGGGCUGGCUUUGCAUGAGACCCUUGGCCUUGCUGCUCUGAGUCAGGUUCUUGCAGCGAUGAGUGUCGAAGCUUUACACGGUACUAGCGAAAGCUUCGAUCCAUUCUUUGCAAAAGUUCGCCCUCAUCCCGGACAAACAACGGCUGCCAAGAAUUUGUACAAAUUUCUUUCCAACUCGAAGCUGCUCAAUGACGGAAAUGAUUUCGGACAGGGAAGCCUACGACAAGAUCGGUACUCGAUUCGCACAUCUGCACAAUGGAUGGGUCCACUUCUAGAAGACUUGGAACUGGCAUAUCAGCAGAUCUCCGUGGAGCUGAAUUCGGUAACGGACAACCCUCUCAUCGACACGGCUGGUGAUAAUGCUCGUAUUCUACACGGUGGCAAUUUCCAAGCGAAGUCAAUUACGAGCGCCAUGGAGAAAACCAGGCAGGCCGUUCAAUCUAUGGGCCGUAUGCUCUAUGCACAAUGCACAGAGCUGAUCGAUUCGUCCAAGAACAAUGGCUUGCCUCCUAAUUUGUCUGCCGAUGAGCCUAGUCUGUCGUUCACAUUCAAGGGUGUAGAUAUCAUGAUCGCUGCGCUACAGUCAGAGCUAGGAUUUCUCGCAAAUCCUAUUGGGAGCCACGUCCAGACAGCCGAAAUGGGAAACCAGGCAUUGAACUCGCUUGCCCUGAUAUCGAGUCGCUACACUUUAGACGCAGUCGCUGUCUUGUCACAAAUGGCAGCUGCCCACCUCGUGGCUACCUGCCAGGCUCUCGACCUCCGUGUGAUCAACAUCCAGUUCAUGCGAACCCUAGAACAGGACUUCAUGAAGUUAUUUGGCGACAGCUUCCAAGUCAACGCAGUGCCUUUCAAGAAUCUUCUGGCUAUCUCCAAGGAAGCCUGGGACGCCUUUGCCAAGCAGGUGGAACAGUUACAGUCCGUCGACUCCUGCAGUCGAUUUCACCAAGCUGCUCGCGCUAUUCUGCCCAUUUUCAUUAUGGCAUUGCCACAAAGCGCUGCCUCCCCAGCCAUUAUCCAAUCAUGGAUCGAUCGUCUAGGCUCCCAGGCAACUGAGACAUAUCGCAAGACGCACGAGGCGUAUUGUAAGUGUCCAGAUGCCGCCCCUUACCUUGGGGAGGCGUCGCGGAAGAUGUACACCCAUGUCCGACAGAACUUAAAGCUUCCGUUCAUAGUCGAGGGCACACUCUGGCGCCCAAGCGACUCGGCCAAGACACCAGACGGUGAAGCGACGCCACCGCCCCUCCCUACGAUGGGCGACGUAGUUGGCAUCGCGUAUGAUGCCAUUCGUCGCGGGUCUUUGUAUACGGUAGCGGUGGAGUGUAUCCGGGAUGUGGAGCAAGACAUGGGGAAGUACCCUCACUGCUUGGUCAAUUAUCCAACGUGCGCAUCGAGAACAUGAGGCACUGGCGUUCGCUGAUGGAUAUCUAGACUAUAGAGUGUUCCCUACAAGUAUCAGCGGUAGUUGCUUUGUUCUGGGUCUGUCUGAUUUAUCUUGUCAUAUUAUUCUAGACUUUUGAAUUAAUAUUACACUAUUAUACUCAUA